CGGCAGCAGCACCCCCGGCCGCCAGCAUGCCCGGGCUGCCCGCACAGGGCGGCGCCGGCGCCGGCGCCGGCGCGCGGAGGGAGCGCGGGCCGCCGCGGAGGCGCGCGGAGGGCGCCCCUGAGCUCACAGAGGGGCCCCGCGGUGCAUUGUGCUGCGUUGUGCUGCGCGGUGUUGCGUUGUGCUGCGGGGCAGUGCGCUGCUUUGCGCUGCGGUGCGGUGCUUUGCGCUGCGGUGCAGUGCAGUGCGGUGCAGUGCGGUGCGGUGCUUUCCGCUGCGGUGCGGUGCUUUCCGCUGCGGUGCGUUGUGCCGCGCCGCGCCCCGCAGACGCCGCUCCGCGCGCGCGUUGCUCGAGGGCGCCGGCGGGGGGCGGCUGCUGGCGACGGGCAGCAUGGUGCGAGCGCGGGGGGCGUCCGGCCCCGGGCGUCGCCUGCUGCUGCUGCUCGGCCUCCUGGCGGCCCUGCGUGCCCGGGACAGCCGGGCUGCUCCGCGGGCAGCGCCGGGCCCAGGCAGUGGUCUUCCAGCUUCUCAGCUGAAUCUGGUUGUUGAGCAUCAGGGGGAUGCCAGGGACGAGGCUGUGGUUAAUGGUUAUUCCGGUUCUCACCUGGAUCCCGUUGCUGAGGCUCGGGGUCUUCCCAGGGUUGUACAUCAUGCUUCCUCUUCAGGUGGUCCAAGAGUUGUUGAACCUCGCAGGGGUGCCAGGGGCGAUGGUUACCGAACUUUUCAGCGGUAUCCAGUUCUCGUGCCUCGCGAGGAUCCCCGGGCUGUGGCCGUAGGGGAUGGAGAUCCCUCUUCUGCUCUGGAGCCUGGCCUGGAGACUCCGAGACAUCAUGGAGGUGUUCCUAUAGGCAGCGGCCUCCCAGCUUCUCAUCUGGAUGCCAUUGUUGUGCCUCAGGGGCAUGCCAGGGUGCUUCCAAGCAUGUCACAGCCUGGAGAAGCCCCCCGCGGCAGGAAAUACGCCUUUUUUCCAACGCGCCAAGGCCUUGCUGGUGACAAAGAUGCCGAGGCUGCAGCUCAUAAAGGCCGACAAAAGCAGUGUUUGGUCUUCACUGCAGCAGUCUCGGGUUCGUUGCUGUUUGGGGUACUGCUGACCUGUAAAGUCAUUUCCCUGCUGAGGAAUGGAAAACAAGAAGCGGUACCAGCUAAUCUUGCCGCUGCCUCCGACAGACAAGAGCCCAGUAUGGAGGAAGGAAGAGCAAAGCCCGGAAGCAAAAGAAAAAAGGAUGAGUUUACUAUAGAAAAUGAAAAUCUCAACAACAGCUCCAGUCAACUUCCGAUGCCUGUUCCAAACAGAAUAAUAAAAUACGUGUACAUAUUCCGAAGAGAAUAAAAAACCUGUUGGGCUAAAAUGUUGCAA